AUGGUGGUUACCCGUUCGGCCAGUAGAAAAUUGCGUGGAGAUACUCUAUCGGUUCCAGCGAGAACUUUGCCAAACGGAGCGAAAAAUCGCACCAAAUCGAAAAAGGGAUCGAAGGCAGAUAAUGCUGCAAGUUCGUCAAAUGCUGCUAGAAACAGAUUGGGGCAAAAUCUGGCAAAGAAAAGAAAGGCCGACUAUCCACUUGGUGAAGAAAAGACUCCGAAAAAGGCUGCAUUGGCUCGCGAGGUUGCUGGCAGCAGCAAAUCACCAGCUCCGAACACUGCUCGUGCUAAACCGGCUCCAACCACUGCUCGUGCUAAACCGGCUCCAACCACUGCUCGUGCUAAACCGGCUCCAAACACUGCUCGUGCUAAACCGGCUCCAAACACUGCUCGUGCUAAACCAGCUCCGGACACUACUCGUGCUAAACCAGCUCCGGACACUACUCGUGCUGAGCCAGCUCCGGACACUACUCGUGCUGAGCCAGCUCCGGACACUACUCGCGCUAAACCAGCUCCGAACACUGCUCGUGCUGGACCAGCUUCGAACACUGCUCGUGCUGGACCAACUUCGAACACUACUCGUGCUGAGCCAGCUCCGGACACUGCUCGUGCUGAGCCAUCUCCGGACACUGUUCGUGCUGAGCCAUCUCCGGACACUGUUCGUGCUGAACCGGCUCAAAAUAUUGCUCGUGCGGAACCAGCUCAAAACAUUGCUCGUGUUGAGCCAGCUCAGAAUAUUGCUCGUGUUGAGCCAGCUCAGAAUAUUGCGGGAGCUGUACGAGCUCAGGGUGCGGUUGUCGUUGAGCAGCAUGAAGCUGGGCUAGACGACGAUGAUGAUGAGUAUGGGGCGAAUGUUGACAUCGUGAUCGAAAAAGGAGAAGACAUCACGGCUAGCGUGGAAGCCGCUAUCGAGGAAGAAAACAGAGCAAUCGAGGAAGAGAAAAGAAUUGAGCGAGAGGCGAUGGCCGCUUUCCAGAGAAGAUUGAUUGCUCUCACAAAGGAGUACGAGGAGAGAGGAGGAGUAUAA